UGGAUUGGUACAACUGUUUAUCCGCCCCCGCCUCCGCCCAUAUCUGGGAAGAUCAGAAUCGGAUAUGUAUCUUCAGAUUUCAACAACCAUCCUCUCGCUCACCUGAUGCAAUCUGUGUUCGGAUUACAUGAUCGGAAUUCAUUUGAAGUUCUAUGCUACGCGACAACAGCUUCGGAUGGGUCAACUUAUCGGAAGAAGAUCGAAAGAGAUGUGGGGGGAUCUGGAUUCAUAGAUGUUUCAGGAUGGGAUACAGAAAAAAUAGUGAGACGGAUUGUCGAUGAUAGGAUUCAUAUAUUGAUCAAUUUGAAUGGGUAUACAAAAGGUGCGCGAAACGAGAUUUUCGCCGCCAGACCUUGCCCUGUUCAGAUGGAAUUUAUGGGCUUCGCUGGCACCUUGGCCAGUGGAUGGACUGACUGGAUCAUCGCGGAUCCAAUUGUCUGCCCCCCUAGAAUGGUAUCGGGCGAGAAGUGGCGAAAGAGACAUGAAAACCUUGCAACGGAUUUCGACGGGGAUCUAGAUCCAGAGUGUGCGGACGAAGACUGGGUCUACACGGAAAAGUUUCUCUAUAUGCCACAUUCGUACUUUGUGUGCGACCAUAAACAAGGAUUUAGGGAUGAGACGGCAGAAGUAGAUCCUCGAUCUUCUAGGCCAACAGACGAAGUGUGGGCUGAGGAAGAAGUCAGACGAUGGAAGAUGAGGCGAGAGAUGUUCCCGGAUUUAAGUGACGAUACCGUGAUAUUUGCUAAUUUCAAUCAGCUCUAUAAGGUUGAUCCAGUGAUUUUCAAGUAUUGGUUGGAGAUCUUAGCAUCAGUUCCAAAAUCUAUCCUAUGGCUUCUAAGGUUUCCGGCACCUGGAGAACCUCAUCUUAAGCUCACGGCAGAAAAAUGGGCGGGUCCGGAAGUAGCUUCAAGGAUCAUGUUUACAGAUGUAAGGCUGAACUAA